UAUAUUUUUUUAUUUAAACAUUUUUGUUUUUAUUGGAGUGAUUUUUUCUUUAAUUUUUUUUUAAUUGAAGCAACUUUUUUUUAAUGAUUGAAGCAACUUUUUUUUUUUUUAUUGAAUAAUGAGACACAAAUCUACCUUCAUACCCACAACAUAUUUUCAAUAGGCAUUAAGUAUCCCAGAGUUUGGAGUUGGUUUGGAGUUAGUAAAAAUGUAAUAACAAUAUUGUCCCUUUGUAUUUAUAGCAAGGUUUCUUAUGAGACCAACAUUUUGCUUUCCCGUGUAGGGGUACACAUGGUAGUUGUUUUGGAUUGGUGUUAGGAUAAUGAGAGGGUCCUUGGUACUAUUCCUCUCCUGGAAUCAAAAUGUUUGAGAUCUGCUGUGGUAGAGCAUCUACUUCACAGUCAUUCCAGGUUUGAAUGUUGACUUCCACAUUGUCAGGGCCCUCCAACUUCCCAUAACGUGGAUGUCAGUUACUUGACGGCUCUCUGAACGCUUGCGCGGCUACGUGUGCUUUGUGAGCCAGUCUGCCAGAUGGCGCUGUUAAACCACUUAAGUUACCAUUAGUUUCAUUGUUCUUCUGGUCAUUUGCUGCCUUUAUAGCUAAGUGUUGGUUUUAUUCCAUCAGUUGUUACUGACUUCUUGUUUGUAAACGUACAUCCUUGCCGCUUAGGGCCCCAGUUUAAAAUAUUUUUUACACCUGGCAUCUCGUCUCCCUUGAAAACAAGUGACAUCACAUAACAUCUUUUUACCUGACACUUCACUCAUUUACCCUGUGGUGUGACCACUACCUUUCUUUAAGUUGAAAGUCAAGUUUCUCAUUGUCUUGACGCUAAUGAGUGAACCUCAGUUGUUGUUGCUUCUCUUUGCACUGCAAAACAACAGUGCACAAUGUGCCAAGUCAUCCAAAUGGUUGCUGCGGUUACCCUGAAACAUGCACUAUGUUGCCUUGAACUACCCCCCGAUGUGGCUUCCAUAGCAACAGUAGGUGUUUUGACCUUGUGCUGCUUUCAGUAGUUUAUGGUUGUGUGUUGCUGUUUGCAGGUAUGAGUUGGCAUUAAGACACAACUUUUUCUUUCAAAUUCACCCCGUUUGUUCCUCUUCCCUCACUGUCCCUUGUGGCCCCCUGCCCUCUAUCGUAUACAGUAGAUAUUACAAACAGACAGUCUGGUGGUCUCUUCUUCUCACACUGGCAGGAAGCAGGAGGUGACCUCGCCUCCUCGGAGAUUGGUGAGAACGCCGGCCUUGUGUUUGACAGUUGCCCUCGAUGUCAGGGUUAUUUGAGUGUUGUGGUGAGUGUUUGUGUGACUCAAGUGUCAAAUACGCCACAUGAGCGUUUGCGCGCGUGAGUUUGUGUGUUUGUGUGUGAGAGACAGAGAGAGAGAGAGAGAGAGAGAGCGGACAAUCAUACAUUUUGUUUGUGCACAUGCGUGAGGAUGACACAGCUGAGCUGUCCUCUUUUUGGACUCCUCAAGUGUUUGCACACACAGUGCUGACCUGAAAUGCAUGAAUACGGAUGUUUUUAGAUGACAGGAGCCUUCAGUGUGUGUGAGUGAGUGUGGAACCAGAGGGAAAAGUGUAAGGCAGUGUGUACUUUGGAGGCAAAUUGGGAGGAGUAGAGUGUUCAAGAAAGAUGGUGCAGCGUUUGAGUGGCGUUGGAAAGCAUUCCAAGGUCGAGCGGUCGGAGGUGAGCACAUUGGGCCAGACUGCAUUUGCACUUGACCCUUCGUCUCCAGUGACAGAGGACGCUACUCCUGAUCCUCAGCGCACCAAGCAAGCAAUCGGCCAGCUUCAGCAGAAGAUUCUAAAGCUCACUGAGCAAAUUAAAAUCGAGCAGACGGCCCGUGACGACAAUGUUGCAGAGUACCUCAAACUGGCCAACAACGCGGACAAACAGCAAAGCGCACGCAUCAAGCAGGUUUUUGAGAAAAAGAACCAGAAGUCAGCACAGAGCAUCCAGCAGCUGCAAAGGAAACUGGAUCAUUAUCACCGAAAGCUCCGGGAAGUGGAGCACAACGGCAUCCCUCGGCAACCCAAGGACGUUCUUAGGGAUGUGCAGCAAGGCCUGAAGGAUGUCGGCGCCAAAGUGACAGGUUUCAGCGAGGGUGUUGUGGACAGUGUCAAGGGCGGACUGUCCAGCUUCUCCCAAGCCACACACUCGGCUGCCGGGGCCGUGGUUGCCAAACCAAGAGAGAUCGCCUCGCUGAUACGUAACAAGUUUGGCAGUGCUGACAACAUCCCCUCCCUCAAAGACUCGUUGGAUGACCCCUCAGGGGAAGAAGGAGCAGUGGGGGUUGUUGGGGCUCGUCCUCCAGGUGUCGCUAGCCAUCACCUCCGAUCCAGUCCGAAGUACGGGAGCGAGGAAGAUUGCUCGAGUGCCACGUCCGGCUCGGCAGGGGCUAACAGUACCGCGGGAGCACCCGGGGGUCCCCCUAGUUCUAAGGGGAACACUCUGGAGAGGACUCAAUCCUCGGGCCUCGACAUGCUACUGCAGGAGAUCCAGGAACUGAGGGAUGGCCAAGCCCGGCUUGAGGAGUGUCUAGAAGGCUUGAAAAGUCACUACCAGCGAGACUACACGCUGGUCAUGCAGGCUCUGCAGGAGGAGCGCUUCAGGUGUGAAAGGUUAGAGGAGCAGCUAAACGAUCUGACUGAACUUCAUCAGAAUGAGAUCCUCAACCUCAAGCAGGAGCUGGCCAGCAUGGAGGAAAAGAUUGCCUACCAGUCCUACGAGCGGGCGCGAGACAUUCAGGAGGCGCUGGAGGCGUGCCAGACCCGAAUUUCCAAGAUGGAGCUUCAGCAGCAGCAGCAGCAGGCUGUCCAGUUGGAGGGUCUGGAAAAUGCAACGGCCAGGACUCUGCUGGGCAAAUUGAUCAAUGUGCUCCUGGCCCUGAUGGCUGUCCUGCUGGUUUUCGUGUCCACCGUGGCCAACUGUGUGGUUCCGCUCAUGAAGACGCGUUCGCGCUCCUUCUGCACUCUCCUGCUUGUCAUCCUCAGUGCCUUCUUGUGGAGAAACUGGGAUGCACUCUCUGGUUACACACAGCGAGCCCUGCGACCCCCCGGAUGAUGUCGCUGCGUGCUACUUGCUCACAGCAGGUGAUGGAAACGAAUGGCCGCGGUCGCGCUGCACUUUGAAGAGAGCUGCGAGGAUGGCUUGGGAAAUUAGCCAAGCUCGUUCGGGAAGCAGCUCCAGGAUGAAGAACCUGAGUUGAUUCACAACCAGAAAGGAUGAGACUGUUUACAUUUUUAAAAUCAAUUGUCGUGUGGAUAUUCCUCUCAUAACAUGGUGUUCAACUGUUUUUUUUUUAUUUCUAGAUUUUAAUCAGUAAUAUUAUCUCUAAUGAAGAUAAUUUUAUUCAGUACCAUGUAGCAUUGCGCUCCACACUUGACGCGGGGUUUAGUCGGGAAAUUGUGCUGGUGUUUUAAUGAGCUGCGACUGGUCCAUUUAUACCAAAACCUCAAACAAAAUUGCUUUUUUUACCCCCUCUUUUGCUGUGAUUAUACAUUCAAACGAGACGUUUAAAAACACUCGACUGAACCUUGUAAGCAUCUAAGGACAUUUUAUGGUUCCUCACCCUUUAAUCAAAAACUUGUUCCUUGCUUGCUUGCUUGGUUUCAACAGUAUGAAGAAUCAAGAAUCUUUUUAAUGUUCCCCCGCAGGCCCAAAUUCUAACUAAUACUGCAAUUAUGGAAUAACAAAUAAGGUAAAUUUUUGAAAUUUCAUUAACUGUGGGGGCCACAGUUUUGUCCAAUAGUCCCUUAUAAUUAAUCGCUUCGACGUGGGAACAUAAAUGUCACGUGACCUAAGUCGGGAACUGGAUUCAUUGUCCUUUUGCGACACAUAAGUCCCAAAACUGACUAAUUUUGUUCAUAUGUCAAUUCUUAAAUCCAUUGUUAUCCAUUAUUUUGCAAAUACACAGUCAAUUUGGUUUCCGGGUUUGGUCACAUGACCCCUGAGAUUAUUUAAAAUUGAAGUAUUGAUGUUUGUUAUACCACAAACAAUAUCAGUCUUGAAGUCGUGUUUGAGCCUGUUGCUGCACUCAUAACAGAUUACCCCCCAAAGUUAUGAAUUCCAUUCCAUUUGAUGCCAAUGACUGCACUACGCGUCCAAUACAUUUAAACUUUGCGGCAGUCAUUGGCAAUGCCAGCCACCUAGUUAAGUACAAAUCUGUCGGGACGUCAAUUGAGAGUCAAGUAUGUUUGGGCUUUGUAAGCGAUGCUGUUCACCGUCUAAAAGCUGCACACAAACACAGCAUUUGGUCCUUGUCAAACGUCUUUCUAUAUGAAGAUAAAUGACAGGCCAUCCACACAUGUUUUUAAAUGUCAGGACAAAGGUCCGUUGUCAGAAUAAAAGCAUAUUGCCUUCUAAUUGCCUCCCUCGCGCCAUGCUGCCCCGAGACCAGCGCUGCCUAUCUAGCUCCAUCUUGGAUGCGCCGGGAGGCUGCUGCUGCUUUCUAUCCAAUGCAAUUUAUUUCUUCUCAACCCAAUUACAUGCACGCAGCCCACUUGAGAGCUUUUCAUCAUGCACUCUAUCCUCAACCUUAUUGAUCCUCUGGUUUGGCACUGGGUGAUUGCACCAGAGUCCAUGUGAGCCAGCCAGACGUGGCUGCAAGCGACCAGCAGGUCUGUUGAGAAUAUCUGGACUUUCUCUUAUUUAGAGAAACCUGUGGCCUAAAGUUCAAGGGGAGAUUCAAACAUUUCAUUUACAAAUUGAUCUCUGCGUGUAAAGUUGACAACAUCUCAAGAUUAGUCAGCUCACCAUCUUGUUCCAAACAUGCAAACUGGAUUCAAAAAUAGUUGAGACACUAAAAUUGUGAAUAAAAACUGAAUGCAAAAAUGUGCAAAGGUAACAUUUCAAUAUUCAGAAUAGAACAUAGAUGACAGGUCAAAAGUUUAAACUGAGAACAUGUAUCAUUUUUAAAGCGAAAAUAUGUUGACUUUUAAUUCCAUGGUGUCAACAAAUCUCAAAAUUGGGAUGAGGCCAUUUUUAACCACUGAGGCAUCCUCACUGUAAUAAGUCAGAAAAUGUCCUGGGACAAGCUUCUCAAGUAUAGACCCCACUCACCAACGUCACACAAUGACGUGUUGCGAUAUCCGGCCACCAUAUUAUCCGUCAUUGUUUAUCCGUAUUCUCAAUGGUUUCAAUUUGUCGUGCAAUUCAUGGAAGCCCCCCAGCCACCCAACUCAUUGGAUGCGUUGCAUAAAAGGUGUUAUGUGGAAAAGCUUCAGUCUAGCCAUUCGCCAGAUCCAUAUUUGAUGCCUAAAUCGAUAUUUUUCGACCCGCUGUCUUCGCCAUCUGCUACCAUCUACAACUAUCUUCUCCACAGAAACUCGGCCUAUUCUCACGAAACUUUGAAAAACAUUAAGAGCAGCACUCGAAGCAACACAACCCCGUGUGACCCUUCCAAUUUUCUAAAAUGGCCAAAAAAAAAAAGACUGCGAUGGCCGACGCUUCAAGGAUAGGUGGAUAUUGGACUAUUUCUUCAAUAAAAUACGCAACAACUGUGUCUGCCUCAUUUGCAAAGAGACAGUCGCUGUUUUCAAAGAGUUCGAUGUGACGCGAUAUUACCAAACGACACGCUGACAUGUACGACAACAUUACAGGGAAGAUACGCAGCGAGAAAUUAUAGCAACUUGAAGCUAGUUUAAUUUCACAGCAGCAUUUCGCAAGAGCCCGAGUGUCGAAAGAGAACGCCACAAAGGCGAGAUUGUUGAAAUUAUGAAUUAAAACAAUAAAUAAAUAAAGCAAAUGUGACACACAGAAGGGCUUGCUAAAAUUUGUUUGAAUAUAUUGUUCUACGUAAAUCAGCCCCCCGCGUUUUUACCACACCAAAUCUGGCCCCCUUUGCAAAAGGUUUGGACACACCUGUUUAACUGAUGAUCCGUAAACGAGGCCAGCUUCUUUCACUUGGUACCAGCUAAAUAUUCAAAAUGUAAUGAUGGUGGAAGAAAUAAGCAUCUUGAAUUUGAAACUGUGUUGUCGGUGAUUAGCCUCGCAAUGAUCUUAAUUGUGGUUGUCAGCCCAAAACCCUCUAAACAUAUAUUAAAUGCAUCUUACCAGAUAUAAAAUGACUACUACAUAAUCUGUGGUGAUCGUUUGGUGCCCAGUUUUCUCGUGGAAUUGCAGCAGUCCAUCUCGCUCUCCUCUCGUCUCUCCGUCUAUCUUCUCUGUUACUGCAACCAACCGCCACACACGCCUUCACCAUCUUGAUUAUUAAUGUUAACGAGCAGAAAAACACGCCAUAAUAGGAAUUUACGUAGCGGUAAACACGACGAGCUGACGGACAAUAUGGCGCGGAGGCGUGGUUGUGACGUCAUGUGAGUGGGGUCUAUAGAAAUGGCAAUGCUGUCCCAUUGCUGUCAUGCAGGCCUGUUGUACAUUCUUUGAGCCUUUAUCGCACCUUUAUGAUGCAUCAAAAGUUUUCAAUAGAUGAAAGAUCUGAACCUCAGACUGCACAUUUCAAUACCUGGAUCCUUACCCUACACGGAAAACUGCAUGGUGUUCUCUGAUGGAGACAACAUUUGGCUGUGAGCAAAUGUUCUAGAACCUGAAUAUACAAUUCUGCGUUGCUGGUGUCUUUCCAAAUGUGCAAGCGGCUCAUGCAACACGUAUCUAUGCAACCCUAUACCAUCACAGAGACAGGUUUCUGUACUAAGCACUAGGGUUGGGCAUCGUUUAAAUUGAACGAUUCCGAUUCCACGUUUCGAUUCCAGUUCCGAACGAGUCUCGACUCAGAUUCUUUUAAGAGGCAGGGUAAAAAAAAAAAAAAGGCAGGGUAAAAAAAAAUGGCAGCACAGGUGUCAAACAGAUUCCAGAAAGGGCCAAGUGGGUGCUGGAUUUUGUUUCAACCAAUACCGCGCAGAGAGUUUAACCAAUGAACUUUCUGCUGAAACAAGCAGCACCUGACAAUGAUUAACUGAUUACACAUGUAAAAUAUCUAAUUGGUAUAAAGGUAUCCUCUUCAUUGGUUGGAAAGCAAACCUGCACCCACUUGGCCCUUUCUGGAAUCAGAUUAAUAUACUGUAAACCACAGGUGUCAAAGUCUUAACUUCUCAAUGAUUUUUUUAAAUUAUAUGAACUUCUCACAGGGCUAAUUUUACCUUGUAUAUAAAUAUCAGUCUUUGAAUUUGAGAAUUUUUUCCGCUCGGCGGUCAGGGCAUUGAGACAUGGAAUUGAAAUUUUAAAAUUUGAAAGAUUCUGGGAGCAUCGGAGUGAUAGAACCGGUUCCCAUCGAUGCUCAAUGCCCAACCCUACCAAGCCCUGAUAACAAUUUUGGACUCUUUAAUCUGGGUUACUUGGUGUCCCAGUUUUCCACAAAUAAUUUUGAAUCGAACCUAUUCUGUGGUUUCCUCUACAGCAGCGUUCCUUUUUGUGCUGCAUUGCCGUUUAAGGGGUUGAAGAUCAUGGGCAUCAAGUACGUUUUGUUUAGCCUUGACCAUAUGCACAAAUUGUCCCAGAUUCCCUGAAUCUUUAAUGUUAUGCUUUGUAGAUGAUAACUUCAAUGCCUUUGCAAUUUUUCGCUUGUCAACACCUUUCUAAUAUUGCUCCAGUAUCUGUGCAACAUGGGAGGAAUUGGUGAUACAGUACUCCUCUAUUAAAAGAUUGUUUUAUACUCCGUCAUGUUGCCAAUGGCCCUAAUUAGUUUUAAUUGGUCUAUCAGCUAAUCUUUAUGUGUGCAAUCAACAUUUUCAGCCUCUUAUUGCGACAUGUCUCAGCAUUUUAUUUUAAUAUUUGUUGACACCAUGAAUUAAAAAAAAAAAAAUCCGCUAAAAUGAUAUUUUCGCAGUUUUAACUUUUGAUUUAUUAAAAAUGUGUCAUCUGUUCUAGUUUGAAAAAAAAAAUGAAAUUUGGAAGUUUGCACUUCCACAUCAUUGCAUUCAACUCCAGUUUGUACUAGAAAUUGUUAAAUGCAAACCCCUCAGUCUGAAUAAACGGGCCAGUUUAAAUUAAAUUAACCCCUUCAAUGCCAAUGACCUAACAUCGGCAUAUGGAAUCUGAACAGUGUCACUGACAAUUUGUCAAUUUGAAUUUUGAGUGUUGCAAUGAGGAAUGUGUUGAUCAGGUGCUUUGAGUUGACACUCAAGCAAAAUAUGUGUGACUAAGUCACUUUUAUGCCAGAAAUGUUUUCUUGUUUUUCUAUCCAAAAUAUGUGAUUUUGGGUGAACGCAACAAGUUUUACUGCUGACUACUAAACAAUGGAUGGUACAAAAAAACAUGUUUGGAUAUGAUGAAAAAAAGGGUCAUCUUUUAUUUGGUAGUCUCAGGGUUUACGUAGUCACAAAAUCAAUAUUGUGUGGGUCUUUAAAUAUCUGUCAAAUUUCUUGAGAUCAGUGGGCACGCGAGAAUGUGCCUAUACUGAGAGAAUGUGCCUAUACUGAAAAUGGCUGGUAUUGAAAGAUUUAACACAUUGGCCGCCAUUGACAGUGGUGGAUGUUCAGGCCUCCCAGUUUAAAUGGAUUGGACAUCUAUCACUGUUAAUGUCAUUCAAAGAGUGAACUUUGGGUUGAUUUGAUGUAAUGUUUGCUGAAUAUGUGCUUGUCACACAUCUUUUGACCUGCACUUCCAAUUAAAUGCAUGUCGUCUCCACAUCUCACUAGUUCUCAACACAUGGAGAGAGCUGACAAAUCUUCCAUGGGAACGAGAAAAGUGUUUAAACCGAACCCUCUCGAUCAAGCGUCUGCUGCACUUUAGCACUCUAAUAGACGUCACCUGGCGAUGGCCUUCAAUUGUAACGACAUGGCUCACUUGUGUGACCAUAAACCUCAAAAGCUAAAUAGGAGCCAUGUUCUUCAAAAAUGAAAUAGGACUGCCGUUUUGAAAAGUUUCAAUUUUUACCGAUUUGGGAGUGAACUGCUUAUUUCACCUUGAAGUUGGUUUACUUGACAAACUACUCCAGUGCCUUCUGAUGUGUUUUUCCAAGAGUGGGAUGAAUAAAAAAUGCAUUCCUGGC